AGGGACGGGAGGAGGCUUCUUGCCAGGGCGCCUCGCCUCCCUCCCUCCUUCCUGCUCCCAAGAGGCGGUUGUAAGCACCCGCAGGCGCCGGCAUUCUCAGGCCCCAUCGCCUCACGGGCAGCACCAGCAACAACAACAACAACAACAACAACAACAACAAGCGCACUCCCUUCACACACAAGCACGCCGGACCCCGAGGAUGGAAAGCCGCGCCGCCGCCCAGAGCCCGGUGUUGACCAUGAAGAGGGGCUACGACGUGCUGCGGUACCCCUCCCUCAACAAGGGUCUGGCUUUUACCUUGGAAGAGAGACAACAGUUGAAUAUUCAUGGAUUAUUGCCUCCAUGUUUUCUCAGUCAAGACCUUCAGGUUUUAAGGAUUUUAACAAACUUUGAAAGACAAACAUCUGAUCUUGACAGGUAUAUCCUGCUAAUGGGCCUUCAGGAUCGAAAUGAAAAACUGUUUUAUAAAGUGCUAACUUCUGACAUUGAAAGAUUUAUGCCUAUUGUUUAUACUCCCACUGUCGGCUUGGCCUGCCAACAAUAUGGUACAGCAUUUCGGAGGCCAAGAGGACUCUUCAUUACUCCCCAUGAUCGAGGACAUGUUGCAACAUUGCUUAAAUCAUGGCCUGAAGCAGUCAUCAAAGCUAUUGUGGUGACUGAUGGAGAACGUAUUCUUGGCCUCGGAGACCUCGGAUGUUACGGAAUGGGCAUCCCAGUGGGAAAACUAGCACUUUACACAGCAUGUGGAGGACUGAAGCCCCAGGAGUGCCUGCCUGUUAUGCUUGAUGUGGGAACUGAGAAUGAGAAGCUGCUAAAAGAUCCUCUGUAUAUUGGGCUGAGACAUAAAAGAAUCAGAGGCCAAGCUUAUGAUGACCUUCUAGAUGAAUUCAUGCAAGCAGUGACUUCCCGGUAUGGCAGAAAUUGUCUCAUACAGUUUGAGGAUUUUGCUAACACGAAUGCAUUCCGACUCCUAAAUAAAUAUCGCAACCUGUAUUGCACAUUCAAUGAUGACAUUCAAGGAACAGCGUCUGUAGCCCUUGCAGGACUCCUUGCUGCUCUCCGGAUUACUGACAACAAACUGUCAGAUCACACAAUACUCUUCCAGGGAGCAGGAGAGGCAGCUCUCGGAAUAGCCAAUCUGAUUGUUAUGUCCAUGGAAAAGGAAGGGACAGCUAAAGAGGACGCCAUCAAGAAGAUAUGGAUGGUUGAUUCCAAAGGAUUAAUUGUAGAGGGUCGUGCUUCACUUACACCAGAGAAGCAGCGUUUUGCCCAUCAGCACAAGGAGAUGAAAAGUCUAGAGGACAUUGUAAAUAAAAUAAGGCCGACGGCUCUUAUAGGUGUUGCUGCCAUAGGUGGUGCUUUUACAAAAAAGAUUAUCAUGGACAUGGCGUCCUUCAACAAACGGCCAAUUAUUUUUGCCCUUAGUAACCCCACUAGCAAAGCAGAAUGCUCUGCUGAGGAUUGCUACCAUCUUACAGAGGGCCGUGGCAUUUUUGCAAGUGGAAGCCCUUUUGCCAAAGUCACUCUCCCAGAUGGACGCACAUUUUUUCCUGGGCAAGGCAACAACGCCUAUGUGUUUCCAGGAGUUGCUCUUGGAGUUGUCUCAUGUGGAAUAAAACAUAUCAGUGACGAUGUUUUCCUUACUACUGCAGAGGUUAUAUGUCAACAGGUUUCAAAGGAACAUUUAGAAGAGGGCCGUUUGUAUCCACCUUUAGCAUUAAUUCAGGAUGUCUCCUUGAAAAUUGCUGUCAAAAUUGUGGAGCAAGCCUACAUGAACAACACAGCCACUUUCUACCCUGAGCCAGAAGACAAAGAAGCAUUCAUCCGCUCCCAGAUGUAUAGCACUGACUACGAAAGCUUUCUGACAGAUUCUUACACCUGGCCCAAAGAAGCCAUGGAAAUACAGACUGGAAACUUUUAAAACAAAAAAUAGCACUGCAACAACACUGAAAGCACUCAGACACUUGCUAGUUUUCCUCAUUUGCUGAAUCAUAGCACAAUUUUAUCAAAACUCAGGUUAUAUUUUCUUCUUUUUAAAGGGCUCUGGAUACUUUUGAAAGCCAUAGAACUUUACAAAUUUCAGAUUUUAAUAGUUUGUUAAGCUAAUCUAUAAGCAAAUUGAGCAUACAGUUAAGACAAUGGAGCAUAAUUUGUAUACUGAUUUUUAAA